UCUGAGACUGGAAAAAAGCGAAGAACAUUUGUCAGUUUCAUUCCCCGAAGAAAACGUCAUGUCUUCUCAGAAUCCUGAACCAAAAAGGAUCUAUCAAGUUUGGCCCGCCAAAAAUAAAUUUUACUGUGGGGGAAGACUAGUGUUUGGUCCAGAUGCAUCGUCGCUUCUUUUGACCACAUGUAUGAUUGGAGGACCAGCUAUCACUUUCUGUAUCAGGAUGGCUUAUUUGAUCAGCCAUCGUCACCCUUUCUUUCAUUCUCUUACUUUGAUCGGUGCAAUUCUUCUCACGUUCAUGGCUUUCACUUUUCUCUUCUUGACAUCAUCGAGAGACCCCGGGAUUAUCCCAAGGAACAAACAAGUGCCUGAGGCAGAGAUUCCAAAUGUUAUCACACAAUCAACAGAAUGGGUGACUAACAAAUUAGGAAAUGUGAAACUACCUCGAACAAAAGAUGUAAUGGUGAAUGGCUUCACCGUGAAAGUGAAGUUCUGCGAUACCUGUCAGCUAUACCGUCCUCCUCGUGCCUUUCACUGCUCAAUCUGCAACAACUGUGUCCAAAGGUUUGAUCAUCACUGUCCAUGGGUAGGUCAGUGCAUCGCCUUGCGUAACUAUCCAUUCUUCGUCUGUUUCUUAUCAUGUUCAACACUCCUCUGCAUCUACGUCUUUGUCUUCUCAUGGGUCAGCAUGCUUAAAGUCCAUGGGGAAUUCUAUGCUGUCCUUGCUGAUGACUUAAUAUUAGGUGUUCUAGGCCUCUACUGCUUUGUUUCCGUUUGGUUUGUUGGUGGACUAACUGUCUUCCACUUCUACCUUAUCUGCACCAACCAGACGACCUGUGAGAAUUUUCGGUACCAUUACGACAAGAAGGAAAACCCUUACCGAAAGGGGAUCUUAGAGAACUUCAAGGAGCUGUUCUUUGCAAGAAUCCCACCACCUUUGAUCAAUUUCAGAGAUUGGGCGCCAGAAGAAGAAGACGAUGUGGAGGUUGGAUCCAUAGCCUCUGAGCUAGGCAGAACCUUUGGUCCAAAAGACCCGAAAAUGAGCAGUGGCAAGUCUGAUUCCGAAGCUAGAGAACGGUAACAACAGUGGCACGGCUGUCAAGAGAUAAGUGUGGAUGAAGAAGUCACAGCGAUUGCUUUGGUUUACCAAGAACCAGCGGAAUUUAAGGAGAAACUCGAGCGUGGAUGUGAGAUCAAGAUAGGCCAAAGAAAAGGACAAACAGGUG